UAUUCUAAGUUUGACAGUUUUAUCUGUAAAAUUUUUAUCAUUGUUGUAUUGCUUCAACAUGAGGGCGUUGACGUUAGAAACUUGUCUACCAUUGCUGAUGAUUUUGGUCCAUACAGAAGCUUGGUUUAUAUCUUGGCCAGAGUGGGGCCGAUGUCCCUACAUGGAUGUCAGUAACAAAUUCAAUCCUAAACAGUAUUUCGAUGGCACGUGGUACCUAAGAAAAGCUUACAACAACGAGUUUCUAGAUGGAAGAGGACGAUGCAGCUUCUCCAAAUAUUCCAACGACAAAACGUCGGGUUUGACGAAAGUUAAAUUCCAACAUUGGUCUAUUUGGAAGAACGACUGGGCUUCUGAAAACGCUACACUGUCACGUGCAGAGAGUGACGCGAAAUUUCUACUCAAGUUCCACGACAAAUUCGGUUUCCUGGAUGAAACCUUACCUUACUGGAUCGUGGAAGUUGACGCCAAAUACGAAAAGUACAGCAUUGCUUACAGCUGUGAAAACGUCUUUCUUUUCUUCCACCAAUACAGCAGCUGGGUAAUGACCCGAGAUCCAAGUUCAGAUAUCAAGUAUAUUGAUGAGAGACUGCGCUAUCACACGCUGGACCCGAGCUUGUUCGUCGAAAUCGAUCAAUCGAGAUGUCCGCCUGAAUCUGCGUAGUAAUAAUUGCACCGAUAUUAGAGUGUUCUAAUAAAACUUGUAUGUGCUACAAUCGUGUAUUUUAUUUUUACAGGAACAAUAAUGAAUAAAUUUUUGAUUAAAAUUA